CGUUCUCAAACGCGGAUGACACAUGUGGCGUGUGUCUAACGCAUAACUUAAUGUGUGUCUAACGCACGAAAGGCAUGUAACAGCGACCAAAUAAGAUCCCCCUAAAAACCAUUAGCGUGUGCAAACAGGUCAUUGGGGCGCGACAAGGGAUUUGUCAACGUAAGACGAGUGUGUUGAGUGUGUGACUAAUGGGUGAAUAACGACAGAAAAGCAUUUUGCUGGAUAACGACAGAAAAGCAUUUUGCUGGAGUGUAAUUUUUACAGUGGAACCGGCACUAAAACGUUGGAAAGUUCAUAGUCAGUUGUUGUGCUGAGUUAGAACAGUGACCAUCAUUCCGCCAAGAAGAAAAAAAGUUAGGGCGAGGACUUCAGCAACUAGCGCUGCUAGUAAGAAAGCUACGCCUCUUUCAUCACAAGCAAUGUAUUUGGAGGAAAAACAACAGCAGGACGAAGAGCACGUCGACAAAAUCACGCACCAUGUGACACCCCCUUGGGACCGUAAACACCUUGCAAACCCCAGUGAGGACAGUCCGAUAAAGAGACAAAAGAAGCAGAGAAAGGAUUGCAGGAUCCUGUUGAGGAUAGUCUGGUGGAGUUUUUCUGCGAAAACGAACUGCUGCUUUCUGGAUCUUCCAUAGAUCUCAUGUUUACAGACCUCAAUAUCCUUGGCCCGCGGCUGCGAACCAGGGGAUGGAGGACACUCUCACUGGCCUGUGCAAUUCUGGAGUCCUGGAAACAUCCACCUCUUCAUGGUGUACACCACUCAGGCCAGUUCUAAAAGCAGAUGGUAACACUUAUCGUAUGGCAAAUGACUUGAGAGCCAUUAUUGAUGUAACGACCACACCAUUGUUACCUGUACCAGACCCCCACAGAAUGUUGUCUACCAUCACACCUGAUUUGAAAUACUUCACAGCAAUUGAUUUGGCAAAUGCAUUCUUCUGCGUCCCACUCGCACCCGAGUGUAGACACUUGUUUGCAUUCAGAUAUCAGGGACACGAUUUGCAGUACACCAGGUUGGAACAAGGCUUAAAAAAUUCACCUCGACUUUUUAGUCAAUUUUUGAAAUCAUUGCAGCAGGAUCGAGAACUCUCAGACAAAUAUAAACUCCUGAUGUAUGUUGAUGAUCUCCUAUGGCAGCUCCAACAGCAGAGUCGUGUUUGUCUCUAACUAAACUUGUUUUGCUUUGUUUGCAUGAGCUGGGAUUCAAAGCCUCCAGAAAGAACCUUCAGUGUUGCCACAAAUCGGUGACUUUCUUGGGCAGAGUGGUGUCGUCUGAAUGAUCCACUAUGUCCUUGGAGCAUCAUUCUUUUAUUGUACAGAACAAACAUUCUGACAUGGUGAAGGAGAUUCUUGCUUUUCUUGGUUUGUAGAACUACAGCAGACACUAUCGUCCGUGCUUUGCAGAUCGCACCGCUCCCCUCAGACACAUGGUGAAAAAACCACGGUUACAGAAACCUUGCUGCCAUAUUCAAGUGGUCAGUGGAGUUUGACUACGGAGGCCCCGUAGCUCAGUGGUUAGAGCACUGGUUUGGUAAACCAGAGGUUGUGGGUUCGUAUCCCACUGGGGCCUCCACUCCCUGAGAAGGGUUGCGUCAGGAAGGGCAUCCGGCGUAAAAAUUGUGCCAAACAUAUAUAUGCGUUCAUCUGAGAUGACACGCUGUGGCGACCCCGAAAGGGACAAGCCGAAAGAAACACACACAGUGGAGUUUGACUAUAUCUAUACCACUCUUGUACAUGAUCUUGUAUCAGCAGCAUUUCUGGCUGCCCUGAAUUACAUCAUCCUAUUUCACUUAGAUGUUACUGUCACACCUACCAUUGUGAAUGCUACUUUAUAUCAGAUGAGGGAUGGAGAACGUCAUGUCUCGAUGUAUUUUAGCAUUAUACUUGAUCCACUUGAGACCAAGAGCCCUGAAUGCACUAGGUUUGGAGCUGGAGUUGCUAAAGUUAUCCAAAAAAACACACACAUGGUAAUGUCAUAUCCCCUUGUGGUCCUCACUGACCACUUAGUGACAGCCUAUGUUGCCUCAUCAGCAUUCAGACUAUCUUCUCCUGGGCAAACACGCCUGUUGAAAAUUCUCACGGCACCAAACAUCACAUAUGUCCACACCGGCAUUAACAUAACUGAUGAAUUGCAUGUAGACCCACACUGCUGUGAAAUUGGUGUGACUGAUUCUCUUCGUCCACAUGCUGAUCUCUCUGUCCAACCUCUGACUAAUGCCAGGGUCCUGUUCACUGAUGGUUGCUGUAACCGUAAGCAAGAUGGCUGUCGUACUGGAGCAGCAGCCCUGAGAUCCAGGACACUUUUUCAUCACCACCCCCUGCACUUGAUCUUCCUGAGCGGUCAUCUAUCUACCUUAAAUGACUCUCUCAAUGAACUGGCCAUCUAUCCAGAGGCGACGCCCAAGUCGGCUGCACCUUUAUGCCUCCAGCUGCACGCCGACCAAGCCACAGCCGACGCCCGUCCACACCUCGCUGGCAACCGAUCCACAGAUGUCUCUCGUCUACACCUCACUGGCGAUGAAAUCACAGCCGACUUCCACCCAUCCUCCACGACCACUAAAAGACUGCGCGGUCCCGUCGGCCCUGGCUGUGGUGCGACGCUGCAAACGGACCUGGGAAGCAGCUCGGAGGACACUGCUGCGCAUGAACAGCGCCUACAAGUCCGCAGCGGACCGCAAGAGAAGGGCCGCACCAGAGCUCAGGUUGGGACAGCGAGUGUGGCUCUCCACCAAAGAUCUCCCGCUGCGGACAUAAUCCCGCAAACUUGCUCCCAGGUCAGCAGACUUCGCACGAAUCGCACUUCGUCGCCCCCCGCAUGGUGGACGAUGGGCCGGCUGCUGUCUUCCCGCCACAGAGGAAGGGGGGUCCAGUAUCUGGUGGGAUAUGGCCCGGAGGAGCACUCCUGGAUCCCCUCCCGCUUCGUCGUACACCGCUCCCUCAUCAGGGACUUUCACGCGGCUCAUCCUGAUGCUCCUGGGCCGUCCAGAGCCGGCCGUUGGGGGGGGGGGGUACUGUCAUACUCCUGGCUUCCUGCCCAGGCUGGGCGUGGCCAGCCAAUUAGUCAGAGCACACCUGCACCUUGUUCCAGCUGAUGCCUCCCAGUGCAUAUAUAAGACUUGGGGGAUGACUUGUCCUCGCCAGAUUGUCGUCCUUGAUGCCUCGUUCCCGCACUCCUGUUUGCCUGACUUCUGCUCUCCGUGUACCGACCCACGCCUAUCCACUGACCACCCUCGUAAGCCUGCUGUCCUAUUACUUGUGAUUGUUUGGACUGUCUGCCUGAUCCCAGACCUUGGACCGAAUAAAGGU